AUGGAAAAUGAAAGACAGCUAACUAAUGAUUUUUCACGGUUACCUAUGGAGCUGUGUUGGCGUCAUGAACGGACAGAGUGCUCUAUGUUGAAAAAAAGGAAAGUGAACUGUGAUACAACAGAAAUUAUUGAACAAAAGUUAAUGAAAUUGGAACAAGCAGAGAAACGGGACGAUAUUACUGAUGAAGAUGAGGACGGUUCUGAAGAUUCAGAAGAAGCUCCAGGAAGUAAUUUAAUGUCGGAUGAAGACUUCGCUGAAGAGGACAAUGAUUACUGUGACACGUAUUUCGACAAUGGCGAAGGAUAUGGAGAUGUCGGAUCGGACGAUAAUCUUGGAGGAGAAGAUUAUUAA